AUGAUUUUGCACCUUGUUAAGGGAAUAAUGUUCAUGUUUCUAACAGGACUUGGCGUUGUGGGGAACACCUUUGUUCUUGUGAACUAUAUGGGCUUGUUUAGAAGCACUAUGAAAUGUAUCCACCUCAUUCUCAUUCAUUUGGCUUUUACAAACAUCAUAACCCUUCUAACAGGAGGAAUGCCAAGGACAAUAUCCACUUUUGGGAUGAGAGACCUUAUAGAUGAUAUAACCUGUAAAAUUGUGGUUUUCCUCAGCAGGGUGGCCCGGGGCCUGUCCAUCUGCACCACCAGUCUCCUCACAGUGGUCCAGGCCAUCACCAUCAGCCCCAGAGCCUCCAGGUGGAGGAGGCUGCAGCCCAGGUCUGCAUGGCACAUACUUUCCUUGUUGCUCUUCUUUUGGGUACUCAAUUCCUUGAUAAGCAUGAACUUACCAUUUUACAUAAAAAAUAUCAACAAUAUGAACACAUCACAAAUUAUUAGCCAUUACAACUAUUGUUCUUUCCAAUCACAAAACUGGAUAAUUAGAUGGAUUUUUAUUGUUUUCCUGGUCUCAAGGGACGCUGUGUUCCAGGGUGUCAUGGGCUGGGCCAGUGGCUACAUGGUCUUCCUCCUCCACAAGCACCACCAGCACGUGCUCCACCUUCAGACCUCCAAGCUCCUCUACAGAAGCCCCCGAGGUGAGGGCUGCAAAGAGGGUGCUCCUUCUGAUGCUCUGCUUUCUCUUCUUCCAUUGGGCAGAUUGCUUUAUGGCUUUAUAUGUAACUUUUUCUUUAAAGAAGAAUUUCAUAGAAGUCAGUGUUCUAAAAUUUGUGGACCUUGGAUAUGCAGUCCUCAGCCCAUUUGUGCUGAUUCACAAGGAUGGACACCUGGCUGA